AAUUACAAGACCAAAAAAUAAAGUAAAAUCAGGGGAUUACGGCCGUACUAAUAAAGGCCUAUUUAGAGUUGCAGUCCAACCAAAAGGCAGGUUUGUAAAAAGUUUUACUUCUUGACCACGGAAGGAAAUCUGACAACGCGCCUGUGAGUUUUUGGCAUUAUACCCCUGCCCGGAAAAUAACUGCUCCGGCUAGAGUGACGUCGGACAGUGGUUGCCGGACGAGUACAGUGUCGUUACACUUACAUUUUGCGAUUUCAGCACUACUUAAAAAUUUCCUCCACCGUGGAUUAGGUCGGCGAGCUAAGCAACGGAGAAUUUCAAUCAACAAUCCGGCGGACAGCUGGUUGAUUACACUCGCCAGAGAAAGGUGGGUGACCUAGGAGGUCGUGCCGCGUUUCCUUCUUUGUAGCAGCAGUACCAUCAAUCAUCUGCUUCAUCGAAACUCUGAAUUUCCAUUUCGAGUAACCUAAAUGAAAAAAGAAAUUUAGGCUUACUCUUAAUUUCAAUCGUUGAUUUUUGCUUUUUUCUUAGCGUUGGAAAUUCCGCUUUUCCCCUCUGAAAGAAGCUUGGGUUUUUUUACUUUGUAGUGUUCCAGCGAUCACAUUGCGUGUUGACUGCAGAGAUCUUUUCCUUGAGGGUGACGGAGUAGAGAUUGCUGAGAGUUUCCGUUCAAGAUUUCCUUCCUUCUCUGCAGAAACGCUUGCAAUUACUUGUUAAAGAAAAAUGAGCUCUGAAAUUGAAGACUCGGACUCCGAAGCGCACUCCAAUGGGUUCCAAGAAAUCGUGAAGAGAAAGAAAUUAAAUUGGUUAAAGAUUAGGUAUUCGAGAGCAUUUCUUUUGACGAUUGCAAAAUUGGAUAUCUGUAAACGACCGCCGCCUGGAGGGAUUAGUCCAUCGGUCUUGUUGGAAGUUGUGGAUGAUACACCUAGGGAUUUUCAUGAAUCAUGGGGGCGAGUUGGGGAUUUGUCUGCGGACAGUAAAAUUGAGAAUUGUUCAUCACAAGCCUUCAAGCGAGGAUCGGUUUUGGGACAACCAUAUUUGGUGAAACCUCAGUGGCUGAAUGGAAAUGGAGAGAGCAACUCACACAAAUCUCGUAACUCAGAUGCACCUCAAUACAGAGAUGGGAUUUCAGAUCAAUGCGACAAAGAGGCCCCAAAAAUUGGUCCUUACCAGCUUCGUAGAAGUGCGAACCCCUAUCGCCCACCACACUGUCAUCAGGUUGGCAACGCCAAAUUUGAAGAGGAAUCCCUUCGUAAGAAGCACAAUUCCUUUCAAGAGAUACACUUAACCAUUCAAAAAGAAACCUGUCCAAGAGCUAGCAAUGUAUCAAGAGAUAAAGAUCAAGAGAUUAAUCUUCCAAGUGAAUCUGUAACCGAGCCUAGUAGUAAUCUUUCAACUAACUUGCCUAAUGCUGCCAAAGUAGAAUCUGACAUGGGAUGCUCUCCCAAUCUGCAUGUCUGUGCAACUGAGACCUUGGGAAGCAGCCUCAAAAGUUCAAGAGAGAAAGAGUCGGCGAUUUUGGAAACAAGGGAUGAUGACAAGCCAAUUUCUGAUAUUCAAUUCAAUCACUUGUGUCGCUUUGCAGCUCUCCACUCUGGCAAAAAAGGAGCAGCAGAGAGCACUAAAAGCAUUGACGAUUCAAAGCCCUAUGAAUUUUCUUUUUUUGACGCAUUUGAUUUCUUGACCCCAAAUGCUGAUGAAGGUACUAUUACUUUUGAAGACGUUUGGUCUGAGGUAUCAGCAAUACUGAGGUUCGAGCGAGAAAUGGAUCUCACUUCAGAAGCUGAGUAUGGUGAAACUGCAGAGUAUGAAAUUCUGGCGAGUUUACUGGAUGAGGGUAGUGAUAUCUCAAUUUCCUGUCCACCAAGUUGUGAACCCAGCAAAGGAUACAACUGCGGUUACUGUGCUGCUGCUGAUGCUUAUGCUGAGACCUGUUUGCCUGCUGACGACAACUGUGAUGAUAAUGCCAAUUCUGAUGCUGAUAUCUGUUUGCCUGAUGAGCACAACUCUGAUGAUAAUGCCAAUUCAGAUGUCAAUAUCUGCUGGCCUGAUGAGAACAGUUUAUUUUCGAUUGACGAUAUGAUUGCUCUUGAUUCUUGGAGGUCAGAAGAUACUAACACCCAAACAAAAAGUGACACUUUGACAUCGGACCCAACAGAUAGAUUUGCAAAGGGAUCAGUGGCAGUGGAUACUUCACCCCAUAAAAAGAGAUCCGCUCUUCAACAUUCGGCAGUUUCACCAUUCCGUGGUACCAAAGCACCAUUGCUUCAUCAGAAAUCGCCUGUGCAGCAAGCUUACCAGAGCCAUUGGACUACUUCUGCUGUUAUACGUCCUUUGCACUACCAGCAAACUGAGAUCGCACUCCAAAUGCCUUUAGUGGCUCCCGUAGCACUCAUUCCUUCUGGAGUUAACUGGUAUUCAUGCGCAAAUAUGCAUAACCAACCUUCAACAGAAGAAUGCAAAGUCGUUCAUCAGUACUCUUUGUGGCAACAGCCUUCUGCUUUCUUGAUUGCCUAUCAAUGUUGAUCAUCUUAUCCUCGUAUUAGCUAUCAAACUGGUUUCUGGGUGUAGCUUGGGACUUGACAAUUGACAUGAAACAGACCACCCUGUUCCGUUUAUCACACAUUAAUUCUGCCUUCAAUUAGAGAUGGUUCAUAGUCUUCUGUUAAUAUUUUCUAGCUCUGUUUUCGUAGGAAUAAAUGGCAUACCUAAGAAACUACUGCAUGCUUAGGAUAUGUUCUUUACUUGAUUGCAAAGUCAUUUUUCAGUUCUUGAUGGUGCUGGCAUGCUGGGGUUAUGUCAAUUGAGGUACAAGCUGUUUUCUCAUAACUUCAGUAAUUGAAGCGGGGUUUAACAAGCAACCUUUAACUCAAGACAUUAGCACCCAUGCGGCUCUUUUGCAACCUUUAACUUCAGUAUUGGACAUUUGCAAUUCAGGGA